ACCGAUCGUCAGUUCUGAGCAAGCCGUCCACCGGUGAAGACGUGCGUUCUACCUCUCACAGAGUAGUAGCGUCUUUGGGGAAUACUGUAGUUUAAGUUGUUAGUUUAUUUUUGGGACAUACAGUGUACGUAAUAAGUGUGCGUUGAUCUACACGGAGAUCAGCUCGGAAUCAGUCAGUGCAUCGUAUACGAGAAGAAUCCGCUCGAAAGUGCAACAGGAAGUGCCAGUUUGCAAAGCGUGGGAACCAAACCAGCGAACGAAUCAAUAACCGGGCAGCGAUUUCUCGUCAUAAAUACAGAGAGAGGCCUGCAGCAGUAACGAGAAGAAGGAGUACGUGCCGCGAACAGUCAGUGUGUGGAAUCGUUUCGGCGGGGAGAAAGAGUUAAAAGAAAGUCGUUGAAAAACAAACUCGCGAUCAGCGCGAAACGAAGAAACUGUUAUGUGUGAUUAAUUCAGUGCGCAGUGAUCGUGCGAGUGAUUUUUUUUGGAUACAUUUCGGAACGCAGCAGCUAAAAAGUUUGCCUUAGCGCGCCCACUCUCUAGCUGAGGGGGUGCCAGUUGAUCCCUAUGGGUGUACUGAACGUGAUCGGUUCCGGUGGUGCCGUCGAGCCGAGUUGCAAAAAGCCCAGCAGCGAUAACAUCUUCUCGCCGAUCAAGAACAAGAUGAAGGUGCUGAAGAAGAUCAAGAAGCGGAUGGGACUAGCUCCCCGCAGUGCAUCGUCCUGUCCCGGUCCGAACAAUCUGCCCCCGCUACUGUUUCACACCGUCCACGGCGACAACAUUAGGAUAUCGCGCGACGGUUCCGUCGCCCGGCGGUACGAGUCGUUCUGCAAGGGAAUCACGUUCAGCGCGCGGCCCGUGCGCGUCAACGAGCGCGUCUGCGUCAAGUUCACCGACAUCUCGAACAACUGGAGCGGCGUGAUCCGGUUCGGGUUCACCUGUAACGACCCGGCCUCGCUUCGCGGCAACCUGCCCAAGUAUGCGUGUCCCGACCUCACCAACAAGCCCGGCUUCUGGGCGAAGGCGCUCAACGAGCGGUACUGCUACCGAAAUAAUGUCCUGUUCUACUACGUCUCACCAUCGGGGGAUGUCCACUUCGGCAUCAACGGCGAGGAGAAGGGCAUCUUUAUCACGGACGUCGACGCACGUGGCCCGCUGUGGGCCGUUAUCGACGUGUACGGUAAUUCUACCGGUAUCGAGUUCCUAGAUUCGCGCAUCUACAUGUUCCAGACGCAACAGCAGCAGCAGCAUCAGCACCAGCACCAGCACCAUCAACAGCAGCCCGCGCAGCAGCAGUCCUGUGGACGGCGGUCGGUAGAUCAGGAGAUCGUACCUCACAUGGAAUCGCUCAGCAUCAACCAGCACAACCAGCAGCUGCUGGACGAACGUCCGGCGGCCAGCACGAACGUCAUCAGUUCAGCCGCAAGCGUACGGUACAACAGCCCCGCGCCGGGACUUCUACCUCUUCCGUUCCAUCCAGUGCGAGGUCGCAACGUCAAGUUCUCCUCGGACCGAACCGUUGCAACGCGCGCCGAAACCGAGUUCUGCCAGGGUUACGUGUUCGCCCCUCGACCGAUCAAAAUCGGCGAACGGCUCAUCAUCCAGAUCCUGAAAACCGACAACAUGUACGUCGGAUCGCUUGCCCUCGGUCUGACCUCGUGCGAUCCGGCCACGCUGCAGCUCGCCGAUCUGCCCGACGACUCCGACCUGCUGCUUGACCGGCCCGAAUACUGGGUCGUCAGCAAGGACGUCGCGUCCACGCUGGUUCGUGGCGACGAGCUGUGCUUCUCGAUCAACGUCAACGGCGAGGUCUCGAUCAGCAAAAACGGUGGCCAACCUUCUGUGAUCAUGCACAUCGACCAGAGCCUGCAGCUGUGGGCCUUCCUGGACGUGUACGGCUCCACCCAGAGCGUCCGCCUCUUCAGCCACGCCAUCCCUGCCCCGUCCUCCGCCGCGUCCUGCUCGGCUCUCUACGAACCCCGCGCCAUGACCUCCUCAACCAGCCAACGCAGCCUGCAGGUCCAGUCUGUGUCCGCUCAAAUCCAACCGAGCUGCAGUUCCUCCGCCAACAUCCGCCCGGACAUGAUCCAGAUCAACCCCGGCGGCACCGUCCUCGUGGUCAACCUGCCCCCCACGGACGUCCAAGGCACGUCCUCGCAGCAACAACCCACGAUCCAGCAGGCGUCCGCCACGCUCGUGUCACGCGGCGGCCUCCCCAACUCCGCCUCCACGCUGUCCGUCCCGCUGUCCACACUCUCCCUCGCGUCCAACGGAUCGUCCACCAGCGAAAUUCUGCCCGCAUACACCUACCCCGAGCCUCUUCCCGCGUCCGCCUACUCUGACGCCAGCUGCGCCACCAAGCCCGUCACCAACAGCAGCUACAAAGCCCUGCUAGCCACGGACAACGCCGCCACCUGCUCCUCCACCUCCAGCUACGGGGGCGGCACCGUCGGCCUGACCGCGAACGGCACCGCCAUCUACAGCACCACCGGCGUCGACUGCACCAUCUGCUUCGAGAAGCCGAUCGACUCGGUGCUGUACAUGUGCGGCCACAUGUGCAUGUGCUACGACUGUGCGAUCAAGCAGUGGCGCGGCAUCGGCGGCGGUCACUGUCCGCUGUGCCGGGCCGUCAUCCGGGACGUGAUCCGCACGUACAAGUCGUAAGGCGGCGGGGCGGAAGUAGUCAUCCGAUACCAAAAGUAAGAUGCGCGCGCAAAGAUGUGCGAACUUCAAUUGUGAUUUUAAUUCCAAAAAGCAAAAAAAGAAAGCUGAAAUUCAGCGAGGAGACGGCUCGGGGGAAAGGAAGAGGAAUCUUUCGGCAUACAUUCUGGUCAAAAUUAUACUUAUAUUUUAUGCGAGUAAAUUAUACAGUAGUCAAAAUUGUCAGCUAGUGGACGCGACGUUAAGGAAACAAGGAUUAUCAAAUUUAUUUUCCAAAAAAUGUUAGUUUGCUGCGCGGGAGGCAGCGUGACGCGCUGAAAGGAAGCAUGCAGAGUUAGGAAUUGUUACUAAAAGGGGUCGUUUUCGUUUUGCACUGUCGAAAUCGUUGACCAACAAAAGCAUUAUCUAGUGUGUAAGUUUGUAGAACAAAUUUGCUGAUCAUCAAACCAAAAAAAACAUAGAGAAAAGAACGCGCAGUUGAUAGUGAGGAAUUUGCCAAAAAAAAAAA